UCAUUGCUGGCCCCUCCCCCACUUAAUAUUUUCAAAAAUUGCCAAAUUUUGACAGUGGCCAGCCUAACUCAGGAAAAAGAAGAGCCUUGGUAAUCAUAGAACUCGAAAUUUUGCCGCAAGUGUUGCAUAGGUCUGUAGUCCUAGCACUCAGAAGGCUGAGGCAGGAAGAACUGGAGUUCAAGGCCAGCCUGGACUUUAUAGUGGGGACGACAGAGACAAAGAGACCGCGUACCCUCAUUUAUGCAAUCCUCUUAAAGGCUACAUAGUGAUGGAACAAAUAAAAAUAACAACAUGCAAAGAGGAUGAAGGGUUCUAUCUCAGCUUCCCAUCCAUCUCAUCAGGGAGAUGCUGGAAGGAUUCCGUACAAUCAGAAAUCUUGAAGAUCCGGUAUCCGGAGUUCAUCCGGAAUCCUACACCAAGAUUCACUGCAAUACCCGCGAUCUGUAGAAUACCAGGAACUGAGGGCUCAAAGCCACACCCAACCUCCGACUUCAAUCACAUCCUCCUUCCUUUUGCCAAAAGCCCCCCCUGGACCAAUGAAAGGAAGUGACGCAUUGACCAAUCACAUGGCACCAUAGACUUUCUGCCCAGUCCAGCUGCCAUGUAUUAAGGACUAACCUGGAAGCCUAGGGCGGAAAACAAAAAUUACUACUAGACUAAAUCCUCUAGCGCUUGCUCCGACUGGAUCCACGGACAAUCCUGCUGACUUUAUCCGGCUUUUUCCAACUUCGAAAUCUCAUCAGGUUCUUACUCCUGUUACUCAUCUCUCUGAAGACACAUCUAUCUUCCUUAAGACGCAAUGGCAUCAUUCUUUUCUGAUUUUGGCCUUAUGUGGUACUUGGAAGAGUUAAACAAGAAAGAAUUCGUGAAGUUUAAGGAAUUCCUCAAACAGGAGAUUUUGCAGUUGAGGCUGAAACAGAUUUCUUGGACCAAAGUGAAGAAGGCAUCUCGGGAAGACCUUGCCAACUUACUGUUGAAACAUUAUGAGGAGAAGCAAGCCUGGGACAUGACCUUCAAAAUCUUCCAGAAGAUGAACAGGAAGGAUCUCAUUGAGAGGGCAGGAAGAGAGAUUGCUGGUCACUCAAAGUUAUAUCAAGCUCAUUUGAAGAAGAAGCUGACCCAUGAUUAUGCCAGAAAGUUUAACAUCAAAGCUCAAGAUCUCUUUAAGCAGAAAUUUACCCAGGAUGACUGUGAUCGUUUUGAGAACCUUCUUGUAUCAAAGGCAACUGGAAAGAAGCCACACAUGGUGUUCCUACAAGGAGUGGCGGGAAUUGGCAAGUCACUGAUGUUGACAAAGUUAAUGCUGGCCUGGUCAGAAGGCAUCGUGUUUCAGAACAAAUUCUCCUACAUCUUCUACUUCUGCUGUCAAGAUGUGAAGCAGUUAAAGAGAGCAAGUCUGGCAGAACUGAUCUCCAGAGAGUGGCCCAAUGCCUCGGCUCCCACAGCGGAGAUCCUCUCCCAGCCGGAGAAACUCUUGUUUAUCAUCGACAGCUUGGAAGUGAUGGAAUGCAAUAUGUCCGAACGGGAAUCGGAGCUGUGUGAUAACUGCACGGAGAAGCAGCCCGUGAGUUUACUGCUGAGCAGUUUGCUCAGGAGGAAGAUGCUCCCCGAAUCCUCUUUCCUCAUCUCCGCUACCCCAGAGACUUUUGAGAAAAUGGAGGACAGGAUUGAGUGCACCAAUGUGAAAAUAAUAACAGGAUUCAAUGAGAACAAUAUUAAGAUGUAUUUCCGCAGCUUGUUCCAAGAUAAGAACAGAACCCUGGAGGCCUUCAGUUUAGUGAGAGAAAAUGAGCAGCUGUUCAAUGUAUGUCAGGUCCCUGUGCUCUGCUGGAUGGUGGCUACCUGUAUUAAAAAGGAGAUAGAGAAGGGAAGAGACCCAGUCUUCAUCUGCCGACGUACCACCUCUCUGUACACCACUCACAUCUUCAAUUUGUUCACUCCACAAAAUGCCCAGUAUCCAAGUAAGAAAAGCCAAGACCAGCUGCAGGGCUUGUGUUCUCUAGCUGCCGAGGGCAUGUGGACCGACACAUUUGUGUUUAGUGAGGAGGCGCUCAGGAGAAAUGGAAUCCUGGAUUCUGACAUCCCCACAUUGCUGGACAGACGGAUCCUUGAAAGGAGCAAGGAAUCUGAAAGUUGUUACAUUUUCCUCCACCCAUCUCUCCAGGAGGUCUGUGCUGCCGUCUUUUAUCUGCUAAAGAGCCACUUGGACCACCCUAGCCAGGACGUAAAGAGUGUAGAGGCACUCUUGUUUACAUUUCUGAAGAAAGCCAAAGUACAGUGGAUCUUUUUAGGCUGUUUCCUCUUUGGCCUUUUACAUGAAUCGGAACAAGAAAAGCUAGAGAUGUUUUUCGGCCACCAGUUGUCCCAGGAAAUAAAGCAUCAGCUGUAUCAGUGCCUGGAAACCAUAAGUGUCAAUGAAGAGCUUCAAGAACAGAUAGAUGGCAUGAAGUUGUUUUACUGUCUGUUUGAGAUGGAGGAUGAAGCCUUCUUAAUGCAAGCAAUGAACUGUAUGGAGCAGAUUAACUUUGUGGCUAAGGAUUAUUCUGAUGUUAUUGUUGCUGCCUACUGCUUAAAACACUGUUCUACCCUGAAGAAACUAUCCUUUUCUACCCAAAAUAUCCUGAGUGAAGAACAAGAACACAGCUAUACGGAAAAGCUACUCAUCUGUUGGCAUCAUAUGUGCUCUGUGCUUAUAAGCAGUAAGGACAUCCACGUACUCCAAGUAAAAGACACUAAUCUCAAUGAGACAGCCUUUUGGGUCUUGUAUAAUCAUCUGAAGUACCCCAGCUGCACCCUUAAAGUACUCGUGGUCAAUAAUGUGACCUUCCUGUGUGAUAACCACCUAUUCUUUGAGUUGAUUCAGAACCAACGUUUGCAGCACCUGAACCUCAGCCUCACGUUCCUCUCCCACAGUGAUGUGAAACUGUUGUGUGAUGUCUUGAACCAGGCCGAGUGCAACAUAGAAAAGCUGAUGAUAGCAGCCUGUAACCUUUCCCCUGAUGACUGCAAGGUCUUUGCCUCUGUCCUGAUCAGCAGCAAGAUGUUGAAGCAUCUUAAUUUGUCAUCCAACAACUUGGACAAAGGGAUCUCCUCACUGUGCAAGGCUUUGUGCCACCCAGACUGCAUUCUGAAGCACCUGGUGUUAGCCAACUGUUCCCUCAGUGAGCAAUGUUGGGACUAUCUCUCAGAAGUUGUUAGGCGGAACAAAACCCUGAGCCACCUAGACAUCAGCUCCAAUGACCUGAAGGAUGAGGGACUGAAAGUUCUCUGUGGAGCUCUGACUCUCCCAGACAGUGGCCUGAUAUCACUAAGUGUGAGACAUUGUCUCAUCACCACUAGUGGUUGCCAGGACCUGGCUGAAGUCUUGAGGCACAACCAGAACCUGAGGAGCCUACAGGUUUCAAACAAUAAGAUCGAAGACGCUGGUGUGAAGCUGCUGUGUGAUGCUAUAAAGCAACCCAACUGCCACUUAGAGAAUAUUGGGUUGGAGGCCUGCGAGCUAACUGGUGCCUGUUGUAAGGAUCUUGCUUCUGCUUUUGUCCACUGUAAAACCCUGUGGGGUAUCAACCUGCUAGAGAACGCCUUGGACCACAGUGGGUUGGUCGUGCUCUUUGAGGCUCUGAAACAGCAAAAGUGUACCCUGCAUGUUCUUGGACUUCGAAUUACUGACUUUGAUAAGGAAACCCAGGAGUUCCUGAUUGCAGAGGAAGAGAAAAACCCAUAUUUGAGCAUCCUAAGCAAUGUAUAAACAGAAACAGAAAGCAAGGGUGGACAUUCUGGUGUAGGAAACAUGGCUGUAUUCCGACUCAAACUACCUCCAAAAGAAAGAGAGCAGGAUCCUUAAUUUGAUCCAUUGUAUACAAAAAUUACAGACCACUAACAUUCCAACGAGAUAUGAUUUCUUGGCUCCCUGUUCAGAUGUUUUUUGCAAAAUAGAUAUGGCUUUGUUGUUUGAACUCUAGUUUCAAACAGGCCAUUCAAAGAGAUUCAUGCUAAAAUGACUGGCUUGUAAUGACAUUUUUCCCACACUGAUAUUUUAAGCACCCAAUAAAGUCUUUAAAUGUA